GGCGACUUUUGUUUAUAAGAUUUUUUAAUGGUCUUUGUUUCUAACAGGACAACUCAGCAUAUUUUUGACAUUGACCUUUCAACAAAUAAAGAAUAUUUCAGGUCAAUAAUCUGAUGUUAAAAAUAAUUUAACAGUUUGAAUUUAAAUUAAACCGCUUUCAUCUUAAGAUAAGAUGUUUCUAUCGCUUUGUUAUUGGUUAAAAAGAGAAAGGGUAUCUCACUCGGCACCAGCUGACCGUGGCGGAUUAUAAUUGGUUAACGUUCUCGAACAUUAGUUGACAUUCUGUCCUACUCUGCAAAUGGUUUUUCGAAGUAUACAAGAAAGAGAAAUCCGAAUGGGUAUUUCUAAUUUUUACUAGUUUAUUUCCAGUCCCGUUGUGUAAAUUUCAAUUUCAAGAGGUGCAGGCCUGCAGGCAGAGGUGAUUCAAGUCAAGUCAAGUUGACUGUCCAAGUGAAGUGUCCAGCAAUAUUUUAUGAGCUUUCUGUUACUUCACCGGCUCAUAAGGGAUAAGAUUGGUUACAAAGCAGCGAUGAAAGUUUUAUUAGUUACUUUGGCUUUUGUAGCCGUUUUAGCCUAUGUAAGAAGCGAUGAUUCGUCGAAGAAAGGCCCAAAAGUCACCGAUAAGGUUUGGUUUGAUAUCACCAUCGGUGGAGAGCCCUUAGGUCGUAUUGAAAUUGGAUUGUUUGGAAAAACAGUGCCAAGGACAGUAAAGAAUUUCAGAGAAUUAGCAACUAAACCAGCCGGUGAAGGAUACAAAGGCAGUAAAUUCCACAGGGUUAUUAGAGAUUUCAUGAUUCAAGGUGGUGACUUCACUAAAGGAGAUGGUACUGGAGGUCGCAGUAUUUACGGAGAACGCUUCGCCGACGAAAACUUCAAACUGAAACAUUUCGGUGCUGGUUGGCUGUCAAUGGCUAAUGCUGGAAAGGACACUAACGGUUCACAAUUUUUCAUCACCACGAAACAAACCUCAUGGCUCGACGGACGUCACGUCGUGUUCGGUAAAAUUUUGAAGGGAAUGGAUGUCAUUAAGAAGAUCGAAGCGACGGAAACUGAUAGUCGUGAUAAACCAAAACAAGAUGUUGUUAUCGCUGAUUGCGGUGCUGUAGACGUAGAUGAACCUUUUAGUGUGGAGAAGGCCGAUGCUAGAGAUUAAAUCUUGUAAAUAAUUCCAGUAAUUUUAGCUUUGUAUGUACCUAAUGUCCUUUUUUUUAAAUAAAUUAGGUAAUUUUGUA